CCGGGAAACUUGAUCACAUUCUUUUUCCUCAACAUCAAUUCAACCUCACCAAUACACCCGUCCUUUCCAACAAACAAAUCGACAAUGCCUCGUCAACGAUCCGUCGGCCGCGCUCCCUCGCGCCCUACCGCUUCGGCGCCCGCUCCCAAGCCUCAGCAGGCUCGUCCUGCCGCCACCAUGGCUGCUCCUCCUCCCGCCGCUGCUCACCCUCCUCCCCAGGCCAUGCCUCCUCAGGCUGCCGCUCCCGUCUCCCAGGGCCCGGGUCUCUUUGGUCAGAUGGCCAGCACUGCUGCCGGUGUCGCUAUCGGCUCCUCGGUCGGCCACGCCAUCGGCGGCCUCUUCUCCGGCGGCUCCUCCGAGCCCGCUCCCGCCCCCGUCCAGGCCCAGGCCGCUCCCCAGGAGCAGUCGUACAACAACUGCGCCGGCGCCGCUCAGAACUUUACAAAGUGCAUGGACGACAACAACGGCAACAUGCAGAUCUGCAACUGGUACCUUGAGCAGCUCAAGGCCUGCCAGGCUGCUGCCGGUACCAACUAA